AUCGCCACGCUGCCUGUUGACUGCAGCCUUCUUGUUGCAGCAUGUUUUUUUAGGAUAGUCCGGAAUUAUAGUUUCUCCUCUGAUGCAAUAGUCAAAUAACGCUGCUUUCUUUCAAGAUGGUGUCACUGAAGAUGUUUUCAGUUAACAGUCCCGUUUUAAGAUGUUUGAAAUCUUUACAUUUCCGCUGCACACGAGAUUUCAGUGCAGGCUCAGCCUCCUUUGGUUCGGUCAAUUUAAAAGGUCGCAGCUGUCUCACACUGAAGGAUUUCAGCUCGGAUGAAAUCAAGAGGCUAUUAUGGGUGUCUGGGGACCUCAAACAUCAGAUCAAGCAUAAGAAACAAUAUCUGCCUCUUCUACAAGGGAAGUCCAUUGCAAUGAUAUUUGAGAAGAGGAGCACCAGAACCAGAAUGUCCACAGAAACAGGUUUUGCCUUGUUGGGUGGGCACCCUUGUUUCCUGACCUCGCAGGAUAUCCACUUGGGGGUGAAUGAGAGCUGCACCGACACAGCCAGAGUUCUCUCGGGACUCUGUGAUAUUGUUCUAGCACGAGUGUACGAUCACUCCACCCUGGAGGAGUUGGACCAGGAAGCUUCCAUUCCUAUCAUCAACGGUCUGUCUGAUCUGUAUCAUCCCAUCCAGAUUCUGGCCGACUACCUCACAUUGCAGGAGCAUUUCGGAUCCCUUAAUGGACUGACUGUGAGCUGGAUUGGAGAUGGCAACAAUGUCCUCCACUCCUUCAUGAUGUCUGCAGCCAAACUCGGUGUUCACCUUAAAGUUGCUACUCCGAAGGGGUAUGAGCCUGAGAAGAGUGUAAUCGAAGAGGCACAAAAGCUGUCCAAACAGUAUGGGACUCAACUCGUGAUGACAUCUGAUCCAAUGGAAGCCGCCCACGGCAGCAAUGUGUUGGUGACUGACACGUGGGUCAGUAUGGGACAGGAAGAAGAGAAGAAAAAGAGGAUCAAAGACUUCCAGGGAUACCAGAUUACAAUGAAGACAGGAAGUGUGGCCAAACAAGACUGGACUUUCCUGCACUGCCUUCCCCGAAAGAUGGAGGAGGUGGACGACCAGGUAUUCUACUCAUCCCGCUCCCUCGUCUUCCCUGAAGCUGAGAAUCGGAAAUGGACCAUCAUGGGUCUGAUGGUUUCCCUUCUGACUGACUACGCUCCGCAGACCCCCAUGCCAAAGUUCUAACCUCAGCUCUUAUUGAAUCUACAUUGGAUGACAGUCAGGGGCCUCAGUUACAAGAACUCUUCCUCCUAGUGUUCAGCCACGGAUAAGCUCAUCAACACUACAUGAAAAACAUGUGUUUACUUCAUUUUAUAUGCUUUCUAAGUGCCUUUGGUUAAGUAUGAGACUGUUUUCAUGCUGUUAUGUGUUUACAACAUGUAUUUACUAUGACAGAGAGAGAAGAUGAAGGCCACCAAUGAAAACGUCUGAUCCAGAAA